GCCGCCCACAGCGGUUCGAAGAUUGCAUGAUAGCGAAACUCUCGGAUCAAAUAGCGUUUUAAAGAUUGGUGUAACCACACUCUUCCACCAGAAUGGCUGAUUCAGAGAAUACCAAGAUAAAAUCCAAAACCAAAGCUUCUAAAGUCACAAAAAGAAAAUCUCAAGAGAAAGAUCAUGUAGAAGCUGCAGAAGAAGCAAAGCCAGAGGAAACUCUGAAAGUAGAAAAUAUGGAAGAGGAGCUUGAGACGAUUGAUAAAGUGAAUACAUCAGACAGUGUUGCCGUUAACAUUGAUGACAAUGUCAGCAAGUCCACUACAUUCAGUGGAGGUAAAACUGUUCAUGAAGACAAAGAUGCAGGUACGACCACAGUCAUUACCACCACAUCUACCACAACAUAUGGAUAUGAAGAAAGAGACUUUGAUAAUAUAGAUCCUAAAGAAUACGGCAUUGACAUUGAAGAUGAACCUGAAUAUCAAUAUGAACCUCCUAAGACCGAUGAUCUACCAGACUUGUAUAAGCUGAUUGAUUCACUUGAGAAAGGCGACACCGAAUUGGAAGUGGACAGGGAACCGCCAUUACUGUUUGCAAAACCUGAACAUGAACCGCAGUAUAAAAAAAUUAAAGAGUUGACUUUGGAAAUGGAAGAUGAAGAAAUUGAUGCCUAUGUGACUGACUUUGACACUGAUAUAAAAGACCAAGCAGUGAUGAUAGCUGAUGUGUCAUUAGAAGAAAUACAAGAUCAUGAACGGCGUUUGCGAGACGAACACAUUUCAUACCAGCAACAGGAGAUGCUAGUAGCCAAAAGACGACAUGAGGCCAUCGCUAUGAAAGAAGAAAAAGCCAAGAAGCGUAUCAUCACAUUACUGAAAGAAAAAAAGAAAGAAUUAGCCAAGCGUGAGGAACUGGCACUACAGCGUGAGAGACUGCAGCAAGAUGCGUUACACAAGACAUUCCGUAGAUCAGAACACCAACUCCUGAGAGCUUUGGAGAUCAGGAAAGGUGAAGUAAAGACCAUGUACGGUGAUUUGACUUUGGCUGAUGGUCAGUAUGGCGGUUCAAAGGGAAGACGAUGGAAAGUUGAUUGGACUAGAACACCACAACCGAUCCAGAUUAAAUUGAAAUGCCUGCGAGGAGUCCGUGAUAAGUUACCAGGUGGUCGAUACGUCCUAAUGGUGUCGUUAUACGAUCGUCUUGGUGGUCAUAUCUUAAGAUGGUCAAGGUUGAAAGGUCAACAGUGGGGUGGAGCUACGCUACCACUGACUCAUGAUGGGAAAUUUUAUAAUAUUGAAAUGAAGCUUGAUCAGAGCGUGUUCACCGUGUGUCCAUCCAAACCUGAUGUGCGUCCUGGCAUGAUUUUGAUGUUUGAGUUAUUUUUAUUACGCGGUUCGCUAUUACCGGUUGACAAGGUGGUUGGAUGGGGUGUGUUUCCUAUAUGUGAUGCCCAGUUCAACAUCAUUGAUGGAAAGUACAAAGUACCGUUUUUACGAGGUGAGAUGGAUCCACGUAUUGAGAAACACGAGACGAUAGAGAAAUUAAUAGCAUCUGACAUUGACCAUUGGUUGUGUAAUUUAUAUAUUGAAGUUGUUAAACUACAAAGAUAUUUAGCUGGUCAGAAGGAGUAUGAAGUGGAGCUACAGUUCUCAUCCAGUAUUUUGAGUUUUCCUGAUAGAAUCAAAGGAGCUGAAGACCCAGUGGAUGGAGAACUACCUGUUGCUGGAUCUAGACCAGAUCUCAAUUCACUUGAAGGUAUUAAUAGCAAUGGUUCUAAAGUGAGUUUGGGGGAUACCAGUAAUCCAUCCAAUGACAGCGCAAAGAAAUUCCCCACUGGUAGUGAUGAUAGUAUCAACAAGAAAGCAAUCAAGGAAUCUGAUGUGUCAGUUUCAGCUGACGGUUUACGUCAACGAUCUGCGGGUAGUGGUGUCCGUCCAAUUACCGUGAUAGGAUCACGUAAAAUCAUGGAAAAAACUGAAAAGAUUGAGUCUGAUAACGAGUCUGAAUAUGAUGAAGAGGCUGCUUACUUACUGAAGAAACAAGAAGAUUUCAUUGCUGUGGCUGGAGAGCAAGGUGUCUAUUACAAGAAACACAUGAAUAAUCCUAUAGACGUGUACACCAAGAAGUUCAAACCAUUCUCCACCAAAGGUCAUUUAGAAAGUCGAGGUCAUGAGAGAUUGGAGUAUGUGUCUCGUCAGUUCUUAGCAGAGUUGGGUUUCUCUCAGUGGCGAUCACGUGAAUUCUGGGGCAUGAUGAUAAUGUUACUGUUGGUAUGGUUCCUGCGGAUGUACAUACAUUACGUUGGACAGUGGGUCUUCUUGAAUCUCAUUGUCAUUCCAAUCAACAAGUUUGACUUUCUUCCAUAUACUGUAAGUCUCAACUAUCAACAGAGUCUGUUAUACACACGUGAGGAGAUUGCCGUCGUUCUGAUUGGCCCAUUCACCAAUAUAUUUAUUCUGAUUUUAUUGGUGUGUGUCUCGUGGCUGUCCCAGAGAGUACUCGGUUCCUACCCUGGAUUAGGAUCUAAGUUUACCAUGGCUUAUGGGAUAAUGACAUUCCUGGAUCCAAUAUUUAUACUACUUAUCGACGCUAUCAUUGGGACAGUGGUGUAUACAAGUGGAGAUGACCCCAUAGCUGAUGCAUCUAAGUUAUAUUAUAACUUUGUGAGAAUUCAGAAUAAUGGUUUAGUUGGAAUAUUUAUGACGAUAUUCCUCUACUUAUUCUGCAUGUUUACAACCGUUGUCAUUGUCUAUAUGUACUUCUUACGGUUACAUAACAAUGGCCGUAUGUUGGAUACUUUCCAUCGUUUGCAUGGUCUCAGUGAGGAGUUCUUUGUUCCAUAUGAUUUGGAAUUAAGUGUCCACGAACUGACCUAUAUUGUGAAGAAAGCUGAGCAAUGGCGAGGUGAAGAAGGGGAAAGGCAAAAGACUGCAGUGUAUGACUAUGUAUGGGAAGAGGAAUCGGUAGAGGAAGUAGUCUGGGAUGCUAAUGGUGAACACAGACAAGUAAAACAAGGAAGACGUGAAAUUACUUCCCACGUGUCUAUACAUAAAAUACAUUUAGAUGGACUCCGAGAAUUAUUCCGUCAUUUUCUGAGACUACCAGAUGGAGCUAUUGUUGAGGUAUUUGGUGAAAUGGGCAUCACUGGCAUGGAUAAAGAUAUGAAGAAAGCCUUAACGAAAGGGGCACAGGGAGUUGAGAACUUGAUGGGUUCUCAGUACAGUCUCAGUAAACUACGAAAUCGUCGUCGUAAAACAGCUGGUGGUCUUGGUUCAACAGAACUUAGGGCUGCAUUAGGUGAAACAAGUGGUCUUGAUGAAGAUGAUGUUGAUGAAAAGAAACCUUCAGCUUGAGUCUCUGUAGUUAUAGUGAACAGUUUUGAUCACAAAUAAUGCCUAACUUGGUCACAAAAAAUGCUUAACUUUGAUCACAAAUAAUGCCUAUCUUUGAUCACAAAUAAUGCCUAUCUUUGAUCACAAAUAAUGCCUAACUGGGUCACAAAAAAUGCCUAUCUUUGAUCACAAAUAAUGCCUAUCUUUGAUCACAAAUAAUGCCUAACUGGGUCACAAAAAAUGCCUAUCUUUGAUCACAAAUAAUGCCUAUCUUUGAUCACAAAUAAUGCCUAUCUUUGAUCACAAAUAAUGCCUAUCUUUGAUCACAAAUAAUGCCUAACUGGGUCACAAAAAAUGCCUAACUUUGAUCACAAAUAAUGCCUAUCUUUGAUCACAAAUAAUGCCUAUCUUUGAUCACAAAUAAUGCCUAACUUGGUCACAAAUAAUGCCUAUCUUUGAUCACAAAUAGUUUCUAAAUUUAUCACAUUUAAUGCCCAACUAUUGUUAUUACAGUAUGUGUAAUACACCUCCCCUCCCGAAUAUUUGUUUUUCUGUAGAGAUUUAUUUUGUAUUAUAUUUAUUAGCUGCAAACCUUCAAGUUAGACACGUCAUAAAUUUGGAUUUCAGUUACACCAAUAUUGAAAGACCAAGACACAAGGAUCCCGAGUUAACCAAAACACAAUGAACCAAGA